GAUAAAAAAGUGAAACGCAUUUUUAGCUUGAGAUUUCAAAAACAGCGAGUCCAAACCAAAUCCUGAAACAUGACCUUGCCGAUAAGGUCAGAAGUCACAAGCUGGACUAUACUUCCCGUGAGGUGAAAAUUGCUCUCCUGACAGGUGCCAUACGUAAUUUGACAUAUUAUGUGGCUCCACGCAGACGCAAAUCGAUCCCUGCCGAAGUGAGAAUCAAUCUGAAAGAGAUGAUCGACAUGAGAAAGAAACAUCUGCGACUUUUACGUCAGGCCGACUAUAAACUGUUCGAAUGGAUCCUAGAUGAACUGGACUUGGAGUUCAAACCUACACCCAGACCUAUUGAGCGAGUGGAGCGUAAACAGUCCAUGCGAAAACUGACGGACCAAUAUUGUGAAAAAGUUCGGGAUGAUAAGUUGGCUGAAUUGAGGGCACAGUUUGAAGCCAAACAGAUUCCGUUCCUAGAAGAGAAACUCGCAAAGCUGGAAUGGAUAAAGGAGAACGAAUCAAAAUACAAACUGCCUGAAUCAGUCACUGAUGAUGACAUAGAAAAUACUAGAAAAAGACUGGAAGAGCUCAAGAUGAAGAGAGAAGAAAAAGAAACUAAAAUAGAGAGUAGUAAUUGAGGUGCGACAAUUAUCCAUAUUUAUCCAGUAAUAAUUGUACUUUAUAAUGUAACAAUGAAUGUAUGUUCACACUUCACAAAAGUGAGUUAUGAGAACAUUGGUAAUAUGCUUUCGUAUCCAUAUCCUGUUGUGCAUACAAGUUGGUAAUAAUUAUAUUCAUUGAAAAACAAA